AUGAUUCACAUCACCCGCAGCAGAUUUAUGGAGAAUGUGGGGGUGGAUUUGGAUGGACAAUGCGUGCAAUUUGAGGGUGGGUCUUUCUUUGGGAUGCGUGCUUCAAGUGGAAAUGGACUUUUGGUGAUCAGUGGAUGGGCUAGGAUGGUUGGUGCGGGACGAAAAUUCGAUGAUUGA